GCUUCCCCUUCUCGGAAUCCUGCUCUUCCUCCAGAGAGAUUCCCAGGAGAAAAGGGAACAACCACUUCAUUCCUGAAAGCUAGGCCCCAGAACCUGAUGACAUUCGAAGAUGUGGCCGUGGAAUUCACCCAGGGGGAGUGGGGGCAGCUGAACCCUGCUCAGAAGGACCUCUACAGGGAGGUGAUGCUGGAGAACUUCAGGAACCUGGCCUUUCUGGGCCUUCCAGUAUCCAAACCAUAUGUGAUCUGCCAGUUGGAGGAAGGGGGCGAGCCCUUCAUCGUGGAGAGAGAAAUCUCAACAGGGGCCUACUCAGACUGGGAGAGAAGGUCUAAAUCCAAGGAAUCAGUGCCAAGUUGGGGAAUUUCCAAAGAAGAAUUAUUCCAGGUAGUAUCAGUGGAAAAACAUAUUCAAGAUGUGCUGCAGUUCUCAAAGUUGAAAGCAGCCUGCGGUUGCAAUGGCCAGUUAGAGAUGCAGCAGAUGAAACAGGAGACACAUCUGAAACAAAUGUCAACCACUCACAAAUCUGCUACCACCCUUAGCAGAGAUUAUGAAUGGAAUGGAUUUGGGAGAAGCUUAGGUUUAAGAUCAGUCCUUGUUAACCAACACAGUGUUCUAAUGGGAGAAGGGUCUUAUAAAUGUGGCACCGAAUUCAGGCAGACUCCAGAGGGAAAUGACUCUCAGAGAACCCAUCCAGAGAAGAGAUCUUGUAAAUGCAAUGAAUGUGGGAAGUCCUUUCACUUCCAGUCAGAACUCCGGCGCCAUCAGCGAUGUCACACUGGAGAAAGGCCCUAUGAAUGCAGUGACUGUAGAAGAGCCUUUGGUCAUAUUUCAUCCCUUAUUAAACAUCAAAGAACUCAUACUGGAGAAAAGCCCUACGAAUGCAGUGAAUGUGGGAGAGCCUUCAGCCAGAGCUCGUCUCUUGUUCUGCACUAUAGAUUUCACACGGGAGAGAAACCCUACAGAUGUAAUGAGUGUGGACGAGCCUUUGGCCACACUUCCUCCCUUAUUAAGCAUCAGAGGACUCAUACUGGAGAAAAGCCCUAUGAAUGCAGGGAAUGUGGGAGAACCUUCAGCCAGAGCUCAUCACUCAUUGUGCAUUACAGAUUUCAUACUGGAGAGAAACCUUACAAAUGUAAUAAAUGUGGGAGAGCCUUCAGCCAGAGUUCGUCUCUCACUCAACAUUACAGAUUUCACACUGGAGAGAAACCCUACAAAUGUAAUGAGUGUGGAAGGGCCUUUGCUCACACUGCAUCGCUUAUUAAACAUCAGAGAAGUCAUGCUGGGAAAAAACCCCUAUGAAUUCAGUGAAUAGAGAAGGGCUUUCAGCUGGAGUGCAGAUAUCACCAGAACUUAAAGAAUUCAUAUCAGAGAGAGAUCCUGAAGGUGUAAUGUGUGUGGGAAGACCACCUCUUGUUCCACAUCAGGAAAUAAUUACUAAAGAGAAUCCCUAUCAAUGUCAGGAGGGGGUGGGCCUCCCUUCUUUUACCAAACACAGGAGAAUCCAUACUAGUGAGAAACCAUGUGAAUGCAAUGAAUGUGGAAAGGCUUCGAUCAGAGGAUGCAUAUUAUUCAGCAUCAGACAGCCGACACUGAGGAGGAGGCUUAUCAACGCAGUGAGUGUGGCAAGCCUUCAGUUACAUACUGAUUGUUUAAGAAAAUCAGAUAACUUGUAUUGGAGAGAAAUUCUACAAGUGUGGUAAGUAUGGAAAAAUCUUUAGUUGUAUCUCUUCCUUUACUAGGCACCAAGAACACGUACUAGAGAGAGGCCUAUGAAAGCAGGAAAUAGAGGAAGGCCUUCAGUCAGAGCUCAUCCCGUAUUAAGCAUCAGAAAAUUCAUACCUGAGAAAAACCUGUGAAUGUGGGCAUGUGGGAGCGCCUUCCGCCAAACCUCAUUGCUGUAUAAGCCCCUUAGAACUUUCCCUACUAGCUGGAAACUCUGGUAAUGUGAUGAGCGUGGGAAAGGCUUUCAUGGAUGUUCCACAAAAACACGUUAGAGAAUUUGUACAUUAGAGAAUUUGUGCCAGAGCAACUCUUCAAAUUUAGUGAAACUGGGAAAACCCACUAGUACAGUUCAAACCUCAGUAUUCACCUCAGAGAGAAACCUUGGGAACAUGAUAAAUGUGAGGAAAGUUCCUUUCCAGGUUGAGAUGUAUAAAACUAGAGCUGAAAAGAAGCUGAGAAAUGACCUUGUCUGGUGAUUUUUUGCCUGGUGGGGCCAUUUGUAUAACCACACUUGUGCAUUGCCUCCUCAUGCUGUUACUGACGGGGCAGGGUGCCAUGCAUGGUGCAGAGGAUGGAGGCUGAGAAAGGGAGAUGGCUACCCGUGAUCUAGCCCAGUCGUAGUUUAGAGCUAAUGAAACUGAUGUUCAAAAAGCGACAGGCUGGGCCUCUUUCCUGUGGUUCACAGCUGUAGCAUGGAGAUUAGUAGACUGGACCUUUCCAGCACAACACCUCCAUGCACUGCUUUCUCUGUAGCACAUGUUACCUUUCUUUGUGAGGCAAUGGAGUGGUCUAGGAUUGAACAAAAAGCAAUUUUCAUUACAUCUUUAUGCUAAUAGAUUUGGAAUUUUUGAAAUGAAAUGAAACCUUGUUUAAACAUUAAAAUUACUAAAAUA